GCAGCUGCUGUAAAGAGCGGAGUCGUGUCUGUGCAAAGCAUCACUGAUUAAUCGGCAGAUAUGUCUGACAAACCAGAUAGGGCUGAAAUUGAGAAAUUUGAUAAGCCUAAAUUGAAGAAGACAGAAACGCAAGAGAAAAACCCACUGUCUUCAAAAGAAACGAUUGAAGAGGAGAAGCCAGCGGGUGAAUCGUAAUGAAAUCAGCCCUUCCAAAUGAUGCCCUGUACAUUCCACAAGCAUUGCCUUCUUAUUUUACUUCUUUUAGCUGUUUUAACUUGGUAAGAUGCAAAGAGGUUGGAUAACGUUUAAAUGACUGUACUACCCCUUUCACAUCCCAAAAAAGCGAAAAGAAUAGAGAGAG